AUUAAUCUCAUGCAGACCCCCUUCCCUUUCAUUCAUUCUCCGCUCUCCUCAAACUCUCUCUCUCUCUCUCUUAUUACAAACACCCCCCUUUCCCCAAUUCCCAUCAACCUCUUCGUUUCUUCCUGCUCUCUCUUGAAGAGGGGCUCAUCCCUUUGCGCGUGUCCCGUUCUCUUCUCCAAUCCUCCUCCUUCAGUGUAUUCAUAUUACCCUUUUAUAGUAAUACUAUGGAGGUUAAGCUAUGGAAUGACAAGCGCGAGAGGGAAAUGUAUGAUAACUUUGCUGAGCUCUAUGCCAUUAUCAAAGCCACUGAGAGGCUUGAGAAAGCGUAUGUUAGGGAUAUAAUCUCACCACAGGAGUAUGAGUUAGAGUGCCAGAAGCUAAUUGCGCAUUUCAAAACACUGGCUUCCACGCUCAAAGACACUGUCCCUAGCAUUGAGCGGUUUGCAGACACUUACAAGAUGGAGUGCCCUGCUGCCAUUAACCGGCUUGUGAUAUCCGGUGUUCCUGCCACAGUGGAGCAUCGGGCGGCGGCUGCUGCCUCUACAUCAACCUCGGCUGCCAUUGUAGCUGAGUGUGUGCAGAACUUUAUUACGGCUAUGGAUUCGUUGAAGCUUAACAUGGUGGCUGUGGAUCAGGUGCACCCACUGCUCUCGGACCUUUAUGCUUCCCUCAAUAAGUUGACGAUCUUGCCACCUGAUUUCGAGGGGAAAACAAAGAUGAAGGAAUGGAUUGCAAGGUUGUCGAAGAUGGGGGCAGCUGAUGAGUUGACAGAACAGCAGGCUCGGCAACUUCACUUUGAUCUUGAGUCUUCUUACAAUUCCUUUAUGGCAGCUCUUCCCAAUGCCGGUACAUGAUUGAGUUUGGGGAUGCUUGUAAAUUAAAUUGAGAUUUCUUUUUGCCUUCCUUUUUUUUAACUAAUUAUGUUGAUUAAAGAGGAAUUUCUUAUUUGGUCACUGCUUAUAUAUUGUUAAUGCUGGAUAUUGGCAAAUUAUGGCCCUAUGCUGUUUUAUCUUGUGUAUGUGCUUUGGUUUUUUAUUUCCUCUAGUUGUUUGGCUGAGUUCCCCUGUUGUUGCUGUGUAAAUUGACUGACUGUCAGGAGGUUAAGAUGAAGAACUCACUAAAAGAAAUUACCAUCUUACAGCCCUGAGA